AUGCCUUCUCUAAUCCACCAAGUUUUUAUUCUGCAUUUGUUUCGAUUGUGUCUACGUCGACGCUUCCUCACCGACCUAACGCUUGAGUUAAUUGCUGCUCUGGUCGCCACCUCCUGCUGUGUUUUUAAAGAUUGCUAUUAUAGUCGAAGAAGGCAUUCUCCACUACCAGAUUAUGCUAUUGACUAUUUUAAAGAUAUGGGAAGAAACAACUAAGAACUUUAGGUUGACAUAUGCUGAGAAGAUUUGAAGGUGAAGCAUCCCCUGCUUUGUUUGAAGUGCUUCCUCCACCUCGGGAUUGAUCUGGGUUUGUAAUCGAUUACAUAGAGUUGGAGAUAAUGCUUUCAAUUUUGGACGUACAUAACCAAGCCCAUCAGAAUGUAUUUUGUUGUUAUUUUCAUGAAGAAGGAUAAACGAGAAUUUGAGCCCUUUGCAGAAAUAGAUUCCCAAUUCAAAUAAGAUGUGGACACAUCAUGCUUUCUUCAAAGCCAAUAUAUGCUAUGGGGAGAUGAUUUCUUUCUAUCUUACCUAUCAAUCUCAGUUGGUUUAUUAUACUUCAUCUAUUCUUGGUGAAAAUCAGUGGGAGUAAAGUUAUUAGAUUAUUAGAUAUGGAGAUAUAAUACAACCGAUGUGACUACCCCGAAAUUUGAAGGUAUAUCCAUCGACACCAGGUGGGUUCAACUGAAUAUGUGAUUGAAGGUUAGAUAUGGGUUAUGUUUUGCUUUGGGAUUGGAUUGGGUUUAUUACUCCAUUUUGGUUUGAAGAUCAGAUAUGUGUUUGGAUUUGGAAAAGAGUAUGACUAGAGAAAAAGGGGGCUAAUGGUGAAGAUAUAGCCAAAAAUCGACUCAACAUCUGUCUCUUUCCUUUCUCUAUCUCUCUCAAUGGAAUCUUAAACCAUGAAAUUAGAUUUGUUUGAUUGGGUUCUGAAGCAACAUUGAAAUCAGAUAUGGAUACUUCUAUGGUUAUUUCUCUUUUGGUUUUUGAAAUUUCCUUGUUUAUAGAAAGUUAAUGUCGUGGAUGAAGAACACCGAUAUAUUUUUAUUUGUAUCCCAAAACGAUCCCACACUAUUAUUUGCAACAAAUAUGAGGCACAUAAUAUUUUAAACAAAAAACAACCAACCAAAAGGAAACUUAGCAUCGUCCAAAAACUAUUCAUUAUAAAUAAAUCGUUGGUGUAUUGCUUAAUUGCAUGGGCACUGAAUGCUUUCCUAUGGUGAAUCAUUUUUGUUUUAAGAACCA